GGCAUACUGCAAUAUAAAGUACAUUAAAAACCUACUAAAAGUGUAAUCAUUUUGUUAUGUUCUUACACAAAGUACACAUAAAAUAUAUUUUCAGUAAGAGUAACAUAAGUGUGUUUUUUGCAAAUACACUAAAACGUCACUAAAAUUAUGCUUGUGUUUAGUAUAUUCCUUAAAAGUGUAACUAAGAAUAUAUUUAUUAACAUAGUAUUUCUACUAUACUUUUUAGAAAUAUAGUAAUAGUGUGCUUGUGUUUAGCAUAUUCCUUAAAAGUGUAAUUAAGCAUAUAUUUAUUACCAAAGUAUUUCUAGUAUACUUUUUAUAAACACAUUAAAAAUAUGCUUCUGUUUAGCAUAUUUCUUAGAAGUAUAACUAAGCAUAUAUUUAAUACAAAAGUACUUCUAGUAUACUUUUAUAUUUUUAUGUACUUCAAAUAAGCAUGUUGGGAAUACAAAUGUAUUAUAAACAUACUACUUGAAUUUCAAGUAUAUUUUUAAUACAUUUAAUACUACGCCUUUUUCACCUGGGCAUCUAGAAAAAUUCCACCAGCCGCGACGGAUAAAUACUUCAAUCUGACACCUGUAGGUCCUCCAGUGAAUCCUGUGAUUCAGGAUUCACUGUCGGUCUGGUGAACUAGUGAAGGAAGAUUCAUCUGAUUCAUGAGUUUCAAUCGUGCAUUGUCAAAUAUGUUAAUGUCUUGGUUUUUUUUUUCUUCUUGAUUUAGACCCACCAAAGAACGUCUCAGUGUCCGUCAGUCCAUCUGGUGAAAUAGUGGAGGGAGAUUCAGUGACUCUGAGCUGCAGCAGUGAUUCAAACCCACCUGCAGAAAUCAGCUGGUUUAAAGGAGGAACAACUGUAGGAUCUGGAAGAAUCUACAGCAUCUCAAAGAUCAGCUCUGAUCACAGUGGAGAAUACAAGUGCAAGUCCAGAAAUAAACAUGGAGAGAAAUACUCUGAUGCUGUGACUUUAAACAUCAUGUACCCACCCAGGAGCGUCUCAGUGUCUAUAACUGGAUCUGGUGAAAUAGUGGAGGGAGAUUCAGUGACUCUGAGCUGCAGCAGUGAUUCAAACCCACCUGCAGAAAUCAGCUGGUUUAAAGGAGGAACGUUUGUAGGAUCUGGAAGAAUCUACAGCAUCUCAAAGAUCAGCUCUGAUCACAGUGGAGAAUACAAGUGCAAGUCCAGAAAUAAACAUGGAGAGAAAUACUCUGAUGCUGUGACUUUAAACAUCAUGUACCCACCCAGGAGCGUCUCAGUGUCUAUAAAUGGAUCUGGUGAAAUAGUGGAGGGAGAUUCAGUGACUCUGAUCUGCAGCAGUGAUUCAAACCCACCUGCUCUGAACUUCAGCUGGUUUAAGGAGGAUCAAAGCUCAGCUGUUGGAUCUGGACAGAGUUUCAGUGCUCUACAGAGUGGACGCUUCUACUGUGAGGCUCACAAUCAACAUGGAUCUCAGAGAUCAGACUCUGUUACUGUCACAGGUGCUGAUAGGAAUGUAAUUGUGAUCACAACGGCAUCUGGAGGAGGAUUAUUCAUUAUUUUCAUAAUCAUUAUCCUGUUUAUAAUGAGGAAACGAAGGAGUGUUAAAACUGAAGAUCACACAAUGAAACAGAAUGAUCUCUAUUCUGACGUGUCACAGAGAGUUUCAGAGCCUCUUUCUGAACCUGAUACAGCCAGUGAUGCUCUGUAUGCCAAUGUGAAACCCAGCAGAUUCAGAGGAAAACUCCUGAAUCCAGAGAUACUGAGGAGAUGCAGUACGCAACUGUCCAACAUCACCGAAAGAAAGAGACGAACAGACCAGAAGACGGUGAAUGUCAGUAUGACAAUAUAAGAGUUCAUCAGCCUGAUGCUGCCGUGAGGCAAUCAAAUGUUCAAACUGUGGAAGACGUAUCGGUGAUCUACAGCAGCGUCAGAUGAGUGAUAAAGCAGCAAACACAAAGCCUGUGUUCAACUGUUCAAUGAGCGACUGUUUGAUAACUGCACAGCUGUGGAAUAAUUUACUCAUCUGUUCUCACCACAACCACUGAAGAUAAUUAAAACCCACAAGAUUCAUUUGUUCUCUUUGCGAGAGAAUUACUGUCAUUGUAUCCUGGACUCAUGUCACAUCUUUCUUUUUUAAUGCUUUGUGUGUGUUUUAUAAAAUAUUUGUAAAAUAAAAUAUAUUUAAAAUAAAUAAAUAUAUAUAUAUAUAUAUAUAUAUUUUUUUUUUUUUUGUACAUUUAUUGCCUUUGUCUUUAAGUUUGUCUAAGUUUAAUCCAUGAGUUUAUUGCAUUAAUAGUAGUAGUAGUAUAUAUUUAUUUAAUGCCGUGUCAGCAUCUUAGGCUAUUUUCAUGGCAAAAAAAAAAUAAUAAUAAUACAAGUAUAAUAUCGCAUUCUUCAGAAUUUAAAUAAUGUAUGUUUUAACAAGCUAACAACACUGAAAUCGGUACAACUUAUAAAUAUUUACAUGCAAAAGUAUUGUAUUUUAUGUAGCCCAUUAUUGUAUUUUAUUAAUAGUGUCAUUUUCAUAUUUCUCUUUGUAUGUUUUUAUAUUUAGGGCCAAUGCUUCAAUAAACCUGAUUGACC